AUGGGGCUGACCGUCGUCGGCGACUCCAGGCCAAUCACAGGAUACAAACUGGGUAUUGUCAUGUCGCCAGUUCCAGACUCCAACGUGGAGAGGUCACAGGUGCCGAAAGUUCCACUAGAGAACCUGAAGGCUCAGACGCUAGAGACCAAACAAAUCCUCGUCCCGACUGAUGAGGCAAUGUGUCGUAGAGAUAGCAGACGGUCAACGCAGUCUAUGGAGAUGCACGAGGACUUUCGUCGAAGACUGAUGGUGGCUGGAGCGUGGGCCUUGCUGCUUCUCCUGGCCAUUUUUGCCAUCAAUCCUGCUGGUGCUGCGUGGCCGGGUUUCCCCAUCGUGGUGAGCCUGGUUUUGGCGUUGAUCUUCCUCCUGUACCAGGCCAUUCUUUUAUCUCCCUGGAAGAGGAAGUUUUCUCCUCGACAUUUGGAAGUCUUAGCUUCCUCUUGGAUAUGGCUCUUGUCUUUUAUGCUGUCCAUGUUUAGCUCACCUGGGCGGCGGGACGUCUUAGCAGGCGAAGACGCUUGGAGGAUGCGAGAAGACCCAGGCAAUAGCACAGCAGUCCUUUGGAUCCUCUGUGUCCUUUUUGCUGCGGCCAUGUCCAUCGACUUGCCGUUUCGACAAUUUGGAGUGCUGGGACAAGUGAUUGCAUUGCAGCACCUUCUCAUUAGUGCUCUGCUGCCUACGAAUAGUUGCAGCGAUGCACCUCCCAGCUUUGGCGGCGUCUUCUUGGGACUUCCACCCUGGUUGGUGCCAAGUCUCCAACUACAUGGCUGUGCGCUUGGCAUGAGCAUGGUUCGAUUGUGGCAAGACCAAGACCUGCAAGUGAGAAAGGCAGUGAAGGAAUAUUUGGAGGGAAAAGAGGUGCCUGUCAUCCUGUCUUCAGGUAUGGAUGGAUCUGCCGUCAAGACCAGGAUCGAAAUGAUCACGGACUUUUUGGAUGGUGAGAUCGACUUCUUGCAUGAGCUCUUAGGGAAGGUACAACACUUGGCUACGUCCAAACGAGCUCAUGUGGACUGGAUGAGAUCUGUGGAUUUUCUGUUGGACCUCCUCACCAGUUCGGCGGAUGUGCUGAAGCAGACACAGAUCUACACGGAUGAGGGCGAAGAACGGGACCUACAGGAUCAGCUCUCGGAGUGGAUAGGAGCUGGAUCUAGGCAGCCAACGUUGACCACUUCUCCGAUGGUAUCUGUGAAUGAGUCGGCUGCGGCUGGGCUGCAGAUUCCCGGGCAGAUGCCUUCCACCGGCUUCGAGGACUCCCAACGAGGCUCCUUCCAUUCGCAGCCUGCGCAGCCUGGUGACACUUCGCAGUUCUCCGGACUCCAACAGGCUGCGUCUGCACAAGAAUCAGCUUUGGUGACUGUCGACCCUUCCAUGGACCCUUGGAACAAGGACCUGCACGUCCGGUCAGCCUUGGGUGUAGGGGACUGGAACUUCGACGCGCUGAACGCGGCCGCGCAGCACCAAAGUGUGCUGAAACUCGUCGGCAUGGAGAUCCUGAACGAUCGGCCUAUGCUCCCAAAGGAACAUUUGCCUGCGUUCUUGGAGACCCUUGAGAGCAGAUAUGACACGAGUAACCCGUACCACAGCAAUGUCCACGCAGCGGACAUGACCAAUGCGGUGUAUUUUAUGUUCGAGAGUUGUGGGCUACAGGAGCGGGUGCACAUUUCAGAGACCAGCGUGACCUGUAUGUACCUGGCGGCCCUGGGCCACGAUGUGGGACAUCCGGGCUAUAACAACAACUUCCUGAUCAAUUUCCGGCAUGACUAUGCCAUCACGUACAGCGACCGCAGCGUUCUGGAGAAUUUCCACGCGGCGGAGCUGAUCAGGCUGCUCAGUGGGCAAGUGAAGGGAGUGAACUUUCUGGGCGGCUUGCCUGAACAGCAGCAGAAGCAGGAACGUUUUUGGAUGACUUCGCUGAUCCUCAACACGGAUAUGUCGAAGUUGAUGCAGGACCUCAGCGCUCUUCGUAUGAAGAUCAGCUCUGGUACCUUCGCCAUGGAAGAUGUGGCGGAUCAGCAGCUGGUCAUGGGCUGGCUGUUUCGCUCUGCCGACAUCGGUCAUUCCGCGAAGCCUUGGAGCAUCCACGAGGCUUGGUCGAUGAGAGUCGUCCAGGAGUUUCAUGCACAAGGCGAUAGAGAGAUCCAGUGA